ACAUAGAGGUCGCUAAGCGGAAACUGCCAUUUCUCUGCGAAAAUAAAAUUGUUUUGGCAUGUGAAGCCGACACACAAAAAACAGAGAAAGAAGAAAUAUAACAGAACUGACAGAUAAAUUCAAUCAUCUUUGUUCUCUGUCAAAACAAGAAAAAUGGCGAGUGUAUCGUAUCAUAUCGCUAAUCUUUUGGAAAAGAUGACUUCAAACGAUAAAGACUUUAGAUUUAUGGCUACAAAUGAUUUGAUGACAGAACUUCAGAAAGAUUCUAUAAAGUUAGAUGAUGACAGUGAAAGAAAGGUUGUAAAGAUGCUGCUGAAGCUAUUAGAAGACAAGAAUGGUGAAGUCCAGAAUCUGGCUGUUAAAUGCCUUGGACCAUUGGUGAAUAAAGUGAAAGAGUUUCAAGUAGAGACCAUUGUAGAUACCCUAUGUAGUAAUAUGAUAUCAGAUAAAGAACAGCUCCGAGAUAUCUCAAGUAUUGGUUUAAAGACAGUGAUCAGUGAGUUGCCUCCCUCUUCUACUGCACUAGCUUCCAGUAUAUGUAAAAAGAUAACAGGCAGACUUACCAGUGCUAUUUCUAAACAAGAAGAUAUGUCUGUACAACUAGAAGCUUUAGACAUUCUAGGAGAUUUGCUGAGUAGAUUUGGAGGUUUGUUGAUCAGUUUCCAUCCUAGUAUUAUGCAAUCCUUGCUGCCACAGUUAUCUAGUCCCAGACUGGCAGUCAGGAAGAGGGCAAUCAUUGCUUUAGGUUACUUAGUAAUGAGUUGUAACAACACAUUGUUUUUCGAGUUGAUAGAAUUUUUACUGACAGAAUUGAAUAAGAAUACAUCAACAUCCACUACUAGAACAUAUAUACAGUGUGUUGGAGCAAUCAGUCGACAGGCAGGUCACAGAUUUGGGGAACAUUUAGAAAAGAUAGUGCCACCUAUUAUGAAGUUUUGUCAGGAGGAAGAUGAUGAACUGAGAGAGUACUGUCUCCAAGCUUUUGAAUCUUUUGUCAGAAGAUGUCCUAAAGAAAUAUCAUCAUUUGUAACUAAUAUAAUAAAAACCUGUCUUAAGUAUAUCUGUCAUGACCCUAACUAUAAUUAUGAUGAUGACGAUGAUGGAUUUGGUGAUGAAGCUAUGGAUGCUGAAGAUGAUGAUGAAGAUGAAGAAGGAGAUGAAGAAUAUAGUGAUGAUGAUGACAUGAGUUGGAAAGUCAGACGAGCUGCUGCUAAAUGUUUGGAUGCUGUUAUUGCUACUAGACAUGAAAUGUUGAUGGAAUUUUACAAAACUGUUUCCCCAGCUCUCAUUACAAGAUUUAAAGAGAGAGAAGAGAAUGUAAAAGCUGAUAUUUUCCAUGCCUAUAUCACACUGUUGAGACAGACCAGACCUACUGUAACCUCUGACCCUGAUGCUAUGGAUCAAGAUGGAGGACCAGUUUCCAUGUUACAAAAUCAAGUACCAGAUAUAAUCAAAGCCAUACACAAACAAUUAAAGGAAAAGAGCGUGAAGACAAGACAGGGAUGCUUCAGUCUACUUACAGAAUUAGUUGUCGUGCUACCUGGUGCCCUAACAGACCACCUACAGGCAUUAGUUCCAGGGAUACAGUAUUCUCUAGGAGAUAAAAACUCCAGCUCCAACAUGAAGAUUGAUACAUUGUCCUUCCUGAACUGUAUCCUAACUCACCAUAGUCCUGUAGUAUUCCAUCCACAUGUUAAAGUUUUGGUACCACCAAUAGUACAUGCCGUUGGAGAUCCAUUUUAUAAAAUAACAUCAGAAGCUUUGCUAGUAACACAACAGCUAGUCAAGGUCAUCAGACCAUUAGAUGUACAAGUGAGUUUUGAUUACAAACCAUACGUAAAAGAUUUAUACAAAUGUACGCUGAACAGAUUAGUGGCUGCUGAUAUUGACCAGGAGGUUAAGGAGAGGGCCAUUUCUUGUAUGGGUCAAAUGAUUUGUAACCUUGGUGACUGUUUGUCAGCAGAACUGAAGAAUUGUUUACCAAUAUUUUUAGAGAGAUUGAAGAAUGAAAUAACGAGAUUGACAGCUGUAAAGGCUUUAACUAUGAUAGCAGGGUCUCCAUUGAAAAUAGAUUUAAAAUCUGUUUUAGAUGAAGGUAUACCAAUCUUGGCCUCAUUUUUAAGAAAAAAUCAGAGAGCUUUAAAACUUAGUACAUUAACCUGUCUGGAUGUUUUAGUGAAAAAUUAUGGAACAGCUCUAUCAUCUGGUAUGAUAUAUGAAGUAAUGAAGGAAAUGCCUAUCCUUAUCAGUGAAAAUGAUCUACAUGUUUCUCAGCUUUCCUUACAUUUGUUGACCUCCAUAUCUAAGAUACACAAGUCAUGUAUGGCAACCAUACCUAAUGAGAUAUUACCACAGAUCUUAGUACUGAUUCAGUCCCCACUACUACAAGGGGGAGCCUUGAAUGCUUUAUUGGAGUUCUUCCAGGCUUUAGUAGCUACGGGACUACCUAAACUUGGUUUUAAAGAUCUUCUGCAGAUGUUAAUUAACCCAGUGUAUAACCCUACCCAACAGACCACGAGUAACAUUUUUGCUGUGCACCGACAAGCUUUUCAUUCUAUAGCUAAGUCUGUAGCAGCUCUGACAGUCAAAAGUUCCUCAGACUCCACCAGUGUGGUAAACCAGUUUGUUAAAGAUGUAAAGAAUGCUAAGUCAUCAGAUUCAGUGAAAUUGUUUUCUUUGUUGGCUUUAGGAGAAAUUGGAAGGCAUAUAGAUUUAAGUUCUCACGGAGAAAUACAGAUGGUAAUUCUAGAAUCAUUUUCGUCCCAGAGUGAAGAAGUAAAAUCUGCUGCUUCAUAUGCUCUCGGAAAUGUCAGUGUUGGAAACAUGCCUAAAUUUUUACCUUUCGUGUUAAAAGAAAUAGAAAAUCAACCAAAACGACAAUACUUGCUGUUACAUUCUCUUAAAGAGAUAAUAAGCUGUGAGUCGUCGUCAGCAGGUGGAGUAGAUACACUUAAAACAUAUGUAAUGACUAUUUGGAAUAUGUUGUUCCAUCACUGUGAAUGUCCUGAAGAAGGGACCAGGAAUGUAGUAUCUGAAUGCCUGGGUAAACUAACCCUUAUAGAUCCUGCCAACUUGCUCUCAAACCUUAAACAACAUCUAAAUUCUCAGUCAGCUUUAACUAGAUCUACAGUUGUCACAGCAAUCAAAUUCACUAUAUCAGAUCAGCCACAAGGCAUAGAUGCUUUAUUACGCACUUGUAUUGGAGAUUUCCUUAAGACUUUGCAAGACCCAGAUUUAAAUGUUCGACGUGUUGCCUUGGUAACAUUUAACUCAGCUGCUCACAACAAACCAACUUUAAUCCGAGAUUUAUUAGAUAGUGUUUUACCACAUUUAUAUAAUGAAACAAAAGUUAGGAAAGAACUGAUAAGAGAAGUUGAGAUGGGUCCGUUUAAACACACAUUAGAUGAUGGAUUAGAUAUUAGAAAGGCUGCCUUUGAGUGUAUGUACACUUUACUAGAUUCCUGUUUAGAUAGACUAGAUAUAUUUGAAUUCCUGAAUCAUGUAGAGGAUGGUUUAAAAGAUCACUACGAUAUCAAAAUGUUGACGUACCUGAUGUUAGUUAGACUGGCUCAUUUAUGUCCUAGUGCUGUUUUACAAAAAUUGGACAGAUUGGUGGAGCCACUAAGAGCAACAUGUACAACAAAGGUGAAAGCUCACUCUGUUAAACAGGAGUUUGAGAAACAAGACGAGUUAAAGAGAUCUGCCAUGAGAGCUGUAGCAGCAUUGUUAGCAAUAACUGAUGCAGAUAAAAGCCCACAGAUGAAUGAAUUCUUGUCAUAUAUCAAAUCCAACACUGAGAUGGCGGCCAUGUUUGAAAGUAUUCAGAAAGAUGCGCAAGCCUCCAUUUCAGAUUCUAUGGUUAUGGAUACAAGUUGAUGUGUUGUCACGGAGAUAUCAUAAAAGUGCUAAUUAUUGAACUCUGAAACAUUUUUACAUGUGAACAAAUAGUUUAUAAACCUUUGUUUUGCUUUUAUCAUGUUAUGUUAAAGAACUUGUUGAUGACUGAAAUGACAAUUAAUAUCAAAUAGAACCUUGUUUUGAUUCCUUAAUAUAAAUGAGGUGAUAAGAUUUCAUUCAAGCUUAAUUCGGACCUGUCAUCUUUUCUUAUUGUUUGGGGAUUUCUCCUAGAGGAGUUGACAUUACUAAUAAAAUCCUCCAUUAUAAAAAAAUAUAUCUGAAACAUCCACAAAUACACUCAUUAAAAAUCAAAGAGUAUUAGAAACUUUUGAUAUGCAUGAGAGAUGCAUGAGAUCAUCCAAACUGGUAGAUAUUUUAAAAAGUUUGCAGGUAUCAUUUUCAAUUUAUGAAAUGCUUGUUUUUAUGCUAUAUUUAUAGUUUGUUUCAACUGUAAUAUCUUCUCUAACUUCAUAUGAUAGAGGACAAAAGUCAAAAGUAUGUGUUGUUCUUUCAGGUAAGCUGCAUUUCUGAUUGCAAAAUAUAACCACCUCCAAAACCUGCUCAAGGUCUAUGUAUCUUAAAGGUACUCUGGUUCUAUUGCCAAAAAAAUCUGGCCACCAUCAUAGAUCCAAACAUUGGAAGUGGAAUUAAACACUAACCAACAAUCAAAAUGAUUGAGAAAUGAUUACAAAGUUUAGACAUCCUUAUGAAGUUUGUAAUUAAACAAAUAAUUGCUUCAAACUUAUUUUGAAAAUUUUGUAAACUCUGUUGCUAUUCGUAAUUCCCAAACUUUUAUUAAAUUGUCCAAUGGGAUCAUUUUCAGAACAGAAGUUACAACAAAGUUUUUACAGUUCCUAUAGAUAAAGUGUGACCAUUUAAUGAGGAAAUAAGUUUUAGUCUAACUAUGAAUCGUACAGUGAUAUAAUCAUAGCUCAUGUUUGCUACAAUGCAACUGUUGUAUUUUGUAUUUAAUUGCUUAGAUUAUACAUUUCAUUUCCAUUUACAAUGUUAGUAUAGAAAAAUUGUUUAAAUAACAUUGUACGAACAGAAAUAGUUGUAUAGAACAGGCAUUGUUUUUAAUUUGGUAUGUUCAAAAUUCUGUAUGAUUUUUGUGAAUUUUUACUUCCUGAAGGUCAUUCCUUGUUUAGUUGUCUUUAGAAAUCAGUCUGUUAUAAGAUAUUCAAAUAAACUGUUUGGAAGCGAAAUAAAAUUUCAAAACAAGA